AUACUUUUUUAUGUUUUUUUUUUUUUUUCACUCAAUCAAAACCCAUUUUGAUUAAUUUUGUUACAAUCAACGACGAAGCGACGGAGAUGAAUCCUUUUCACGGUGGUGACGAGAAGCAACGACCGGCGAUGUAUCCCCAAGUCGAUCAAUCGAUUCCUGAUAAUCCUUUUGCUCCAACAAAUCCUUACCCUUCUUCCCCUUAUCUCUAUCCUUCUCUCUCAUCGCAAAAUCUCGGACCUAAUCUCUUCCCUGACCACGGAGAUGCAUCCAACGACCAAUCACCGUCUGCUCCGCCUCAGGCGACGGAGGAGGUUCUUAUCCGUGUCCCCGGUGCUAUUCUCAACCUUAUUGACAAAUCCUACAGCGUUGAACUCGCUUGCGGUGAUUUCACCAUCGUUCGAAUCAUCCAGGGGCAGAACAUCGUCGCGGUUCUAGCCAAUGUUGGGAAUGAGAUUCAAUGGCCGUUGACGAAGAACGAGGUUGCCGCCAAGGUUGAUGGAUCGCACUAUUUUUUUUCGAUUCAUCCGCCAAAGGAGCAAGGAAAUGGAUCUGUGUCCGACUCAGAUGAUGAUAUUCUCAAUUACGGAUUGACUAUUGCUUCGAAAGGGCAAGAGAAUGUAUUACUUGUGCUUGAUCAGGUUUUGCGAGACUAUAGCUGUUUCACAGAGCAGAAGAUGUCUGAAAAGGCUAAGGAAACGGGUGAAGAGGUGCUGGGAAGUUCAGUUGUGGCACAGACUUCUCCCGAGGAGCUUAAGGGUGAGAGAAAAGACGUGGUGGAGGGUCAAUGUGCGGCGUAUUGGACUACACUUGCGCCUAAUGUCGAGGACUAUAGUCACAGUACUGCCAAAAUGAUAGCUUCCGGGUCAGGCAAGCUGAUCAGAGGGAUACUUUGGUGUGGGGAUGUAACUGUGGAGAGACUCAAGAAGGGGAACGAAGUGAUGAAGAAUAGGCUAAGUCGUGCUGAGAAGGAGAAGGAUGUUAGCCCUGAAACACUGAAGAGAAUCAAGAGGGUUAAGAGAGUGACACAAAUGACAGAAAAAGUUGCGACUGGUGUUCUCUCUGGUGUUGUCAAAGUCUCAGGAUUCAUCACUGGUUCAGUGGCAAACUCAAAAGCUGGAAAGAAGCUUUUUGGCCUCUUGCCUGGAGAGAUUGUUCUCGCAUCCCUUGAUGGAUUUAGCAAGAUCUGUGAUGCUGUUGAGGUGGCUGGGAAAAACGUGAUGUCAACUUCAUCAACUGUCACAACAGAACUCGUCAAUCACAGGUAUGGCACAAAAGCAGCAGAGGCAACCAACGAAGGGCUAGACGCAGCAGGACAUGCUUUUGGAACCGCAUGGGUUGCUUUCAAGAUCCGAAAGGCACUUAACCCCAAAAGUGUCUUGAAGCCUACAACAUUGGCCAAGUCCGCUGUUUCUGAUUUAAAGGCUAAGAAAGGGUCCAAGUAAACAGCCUUACUUCCAAUUGUUCAUCUAUACUUUGCAAUUUAGUUUUCCUUUUGGAAAAGUAUAUGAAGAUUGACUGAUGUACUCUAUAUUUAGUUUUCUGUGUAUAUUGUGAUUCUAUGUAAACUAUAUAAGCAGUUUCUUGUAAUCUUCUCCCAUAUAUGCAUGGAGAAAAGAGAUACUAUAUGCAGCUUUAAUACUUAACGAUAAAAAGUAGCGAGUAUUAAAAGAUGUAUUUCAUCUUUUUGUUUUGUUCUACUA